AAUUUCUAAUGUUGUGUASUACGUCAUCUAAAUGAUUGCCCAUUGACGCCCACACUGCAACAAGCCCGCCAUUUGGAACCUAAUCCAAUUCUGUUUUGGUGACAAGGGCAUGUCAGCAGAUGUUACAAAGUGCACUGACAUGACUGAAGCAAUGGAUGAAAAUAUGGAGGUUUGUCCCCUGUCGAAUGAGGUAGAGAAAGAACCAAAUGUUGAAGACCUGGCCGACUCACCAUAUAAGGCCCGACAACCACGGAAUGAAAUGAGUAGAGACAUAACUCUAUCUCAAAUAGUUGAAGGGAAGAGGGAGAAAAAGACGGUGCAAAGACUUGAUUUCCAGGUUGCGAAACCUGCGAAGGUGCUGAAAGUUGAAAAUGGUGGCGGAGAUAAAUUAGGAGACAUUGUGCGAGUGAACCACCACCUCGGAAAGCUGAAGGUUCCAGAUCUGAAACCGCUUCAUACAAUUCUCUUUGAUAUGCCAGGUAAGAUUGCCACAAUGAGGAAAAACAUGCGGCUGUUCAAUGGCUUCCCGUUCGAGGUUGACAGUGAUCCCUAUAUAAAGAAGAAGGAGACGGAUGAUGAGUAA